AGCGGCUCUUGCGAACCCUGUAGCCGAACUCCAAGCUCGUCAGCUCGAUCCGGCUCAAUCAUCAUCAUGUUCUACGAGCCACACCGCUAGGUGUACAAGCACUUUGUUGGCAUCGGCCAGAAAUUUCUGCGCGGCACUCGGCUAUGGAACUACUGUUGUCAGGACAUCCACCAGCAGGACCACUACUUACAGCACCAUUCUGCGAACAACGACCGUCACUCCGAGGAUUGUUACUGUUACCGCUCCGACUCCUACCACUACUUCUACGGGCGUAGCAACUCGAAUGACCACAGUGAUAAGUACUGCUAGUUCGACUACCACCUUUUCCACAACUAUCACGGAUCUCGUCACUGAAGCUAUAGCGGGCUGCCCUGUAUACGUUCCAUCUCAGACGCAACAGGAUACUGAGACAUCGACCACUACUUCAAGCACAACAUCGACCUCAUCAACAGUGCCCCCAGCUCGGGCCCUAAGCUGUCGAUUGAGGUCCGAUCUGCCGCAAUCAGGUCUUACUUGCGGCGUGAAAGGAGCUUUUGCCGGCAGUACCAGACUCGUGUGGCAGGGCGAUGUGAACGACGGCCAAACCCUUACCUCCAUCGAGGCAUGCGCAUUGCGAUGUCGCACUUGGGAAGACCAAAGGCUGGUCGGAGAGUCAGGACAAGCUGGUUGCAAAUCGUUCUAUUGGGGUCAAGGCCGCAUGUGUCAGCUGAACGUAGUCGGCACCAGUGAUAGUGGCUUUGGAUCGGAUGCAAAUUCCUGGUACAGCGGUAACGAUCUGGGCUGUUAUGAGUGUGCUAGAGAAGGCGGCUCAACAACAACUACUACAACUACAGCCAGAACCACAACAUCGAGCUCGCCCACACGCACAACGACGAUUGCAGUUUCCACAACGACCUCGAAAACACGCGCGGUCACAACUUCAAGCACAACAUUGAGCUCAUCGUCACGCACAACGACAACUGCAAGCACGACGACUACAACUGCAAGGGGGGCAAGCUGCUCAUCCGGCAGUUCUUGUGGCCUUCCUGGAACAGUCACUGUCGGCCCCUCCAAUAGUGCCUGGC